CGGGCCCCGCUCCCCCAAGCUGGGGGCCCCGCCGCGCAUGGAGGAGCCCGCGCCCGGCGCCAUCGUCGUCCGCAUCGGCAUCCCCGACCUCCAGCAGACGAAGUGUCUGCGGCUGAACCCCGAUGUCCCGGUGUGGGUUUCGAAGCAGCGCAUCCUCUGCACGCUGAACCACAGCCUGAAGGAUGUCCUGAACUACGGGCUCUUCCAGCCAGCCUUCAAUGGCAGGGCUGGGAAGUUCCUGGAUGAGGAGCGCCUGCUGCGGGAGUACCCCCUGAACCCAGACACUCCUGUCCCCUACUUGGAGUUCCGGUACAAGAGGCGUGUGUACACCCAGGCGUUGCUGGAUGACAAGCAGUUUGCCAAGCUCCACACAAAGGCAAAUCUGAAGAAGUUCAUGGAGUACGUGCAGAUGCUGAAUGCAGAGAAGGUCUGCCGACUGCUGGAGAAGGGACUGGACCCCAACUUUCAUGAUCCGGACACUGGAGAGUGUCCCCUGACGGCGGCGGCACAGCUGGAGCUCAGCACCGAGAUGAUCAAGGUGCUGCGCAACGGGGGAGCCCACCUGGAUUUCCGGACACGGGAGGGCAUGACAGCCCUGCACAAGGCCGUGCGCUGCCGCAACCACGCAGCCCUGAUGACGCUGCUGGACCUGGGUGCCUCCCCGGACUACAAGGACAGUCGGGGGCUGACGCCGCUGUACCACAGUGCCAUGGUGGGGGGGGAUCCCUACUGCUGCGAGCUCCUGCUGCACGACUACGCCCGGCUUGGCUGCGUGGAUGAGAAUGGCUGGCAGGAGAUCCACCAGGCAUGUCGCUAUGGCCACGUUCAGCACCUGGAGCAUCUUCUCUUCUAUGGCGCUGAUAUGACAGCACAGAAUGCCUCAGGAAACACUGCUCUUCAUAUCUGUGCUCUCUAUAACCAGGAGAGCUGUGCACGGGUUCUCCUCUUCCGCGGCGCGAGCAAGGAGAUCCGCAACUACAACAGCCAGACAGCCUUCCAGGUGGCCAUCAUUGCAGGAAAUUUUGAGUUGGCUGAAAUCAUCAAAACCCACAAAGAGUCCGAUGUUGUGCCUUUCCGAGAGACCCCCAGCUACACCAAGCGGAGACGGAUCCUGGGCUCCGGCGGCCUCUCCUCCCCGCGCAUGCUGCAGCGCUCGGCCAGCGACAACAACCUGAAGGCGGAGAGCCGGGCCUCCUACUCGCCGGUGCCCUCGCUGCGCAGUUUGCCCCCACAGCUGCUGGCACAGAUGCAGGAGGCGGCGGCUGCGGUGGCGGGGGACGGCAGCCUGGCCAGCUCCGGCAGCGCCCGCAGUGCCCACAGCCGCUCCCCGUCCCUGCAGCGGGUGCAGGAGGAGAAGGAGGCUGAGCUGCCCACGCUGCGGAGGAGCAGCCGUGGCAAGGCCAGACUCUUUAAGAUCCGAUGGAGCUACUCUGUGAUACAAAACACUUUUGGCUGCCAGGGUGGAGAGGCACAAAUCCAGCUACUGCCGGAGCGGCUGCAAGCAGAGAAUGGGGAGGCUGCAAGGAACUGGGGGGGCUGCGAACAGGGCGCUGGGGCAGCAGAGGGACCACCCCGCUGGAAAGGCUGCUGGAGACAGGGCACUGCCAGCACCGAGCGCCUCGUCUGCGGGGCUGCGGUGCGCGGUGUUGGCAGGUCGGGGGGCAGAGGAGACCUCCAUGCCCAAGGCACUGCUGUCAGCCCUCCGAGAGCAGGUGACGGGCACACCCCGCACAUCCCACCACCCCCCAGCUACUGGAUCCCUCGUCCACUGUCCCCCCGCACAUUGCCCGGACGGGCACUGACACCAAAAACUGACACCCCCCCCACCACCACCUCCCCUAUCCCACCCUCCUUCACUCUGCCUCCCCGGAUCCCCCCACCUGCCCGUCCCGGUCCCGUCCUCCACACUCCCCCCUACCCUGCACCCCCGGAGCCGCCCCCCGGCUCCCCCGGCUCCCCCGUCCCCCUGGUCCCGCGGCAGCGCUGCGCUCGCCAGGGGGCGGCUCCUCCCGCGAUCCCGGCCCCAAGGCGGCAGUCAGUCGGGGCGACGGCGGCGGCGGCAGCCGGGGGCGGGCGGCGGCGGGGGCGGCCGGUCCGGCGGCGUCCCCGCCCGCAGGGGGAGGAGCUGCCGGCGGCGGCACCUGCCCCGGGCCAUGGUGCUUGCGGCGGCGGCGCGGCGCCGGAAAGCCCCCCCGCCGGCCCUGCCAUGGCGCAGCCCGCGGGCCGCGGCGGGCCGAGCCGCGACCUGCCGGGCAUCAGCACCGUAACCUACGUCUUCGUUUACAGCCCCGGCGGCCCGACGGGGCCCCCCGGCCCCGAGCCCGUGCCCGUGCCCCACGCCGCGCCCGCCCCGCUGCGCGGGCCCAAGCGGAAGCUGUACAGCGCCGUGCCCGGCCGCAAGUUCAUCGUGGUGAAGAGCUACGCGCCGCAGGGCGAGGGCGAGAUCCAGCUCAACCGGGGCGAAGCCGUCAAGGUGCUGAGUAUUGGUGAAGGUGGCUUUUGGGAAGGAACUGUGAAGGGAAGGACUGGCUGGUUCCCAGCAGAAUGUGUUGAGGAGGUGCAGAUGCGACAGUAUGAUCCACGGCAAGAAACCAGAGAAGACAGAACAAAGCGUCUCUUCCGACAUUAUACUGUGGGCUCUUACGACACCUUCACCUCUCACAGUGACUACAUCAUUGAGGAGAAGACGGCCGUGCUGCAGAAGAGGGAGCAUGAGGGAUUCGGGUUUGUGUUGCGAGGGGCCAAAGCUGAAACCCCAAUCGAGGAGUUCACCCCAACCCCAGCCUUCCCAGCACUCCAGUACCUGGAAUCUGUGGAUGUGGAAGGAGUUGCCUGGAGAGCAGGGCUCCGCACCGGAGACUUUCUGAUUGAGGUGAAUGGUGUCAAUGUGGUGAAGGUGGGGCACAAGCAGGUGGUCUCCUUGAUCCGGCAAGGGGGGAACCACCUGGUGAUGAAGGUUGUGUCUGUCAGCCGCAAGCCAGAGUCAGAAGAAGUUGUUCGGAAGAAGGCUCCGCCGCCUCCCAAGAGAGCGCCCAGCACCACCCUGACGCUGCGAUCCAAGUCCAUGACAGCCGAGCUGGAGGAGCUGGAGAAGUUGGAUGAGAUCCUGGCGGCGGCUGAGCCGGCGCUGAGGGCAGACAUGGUGGAAGCAGACUCCAGGGCAGCCACCGUGAAGCAGCGUCCGACCAGCCGGCGCAUCACACCCGCAGAGAUCAGUUCCCUCUUCGAACGCCAGGGUAUGGCAGCACACUCGGGGGUCCUGGCAGGAGCUGAGAAGCCCCACGUGUCCCUGCGCAAAGGAAUUCCACGGACAAAAUCUGUAGGAGAAGACGAGAAACUUGCUGCUUCUUUGUUAGAUGGGAAGUUUCCCCGGAGCACAUCGAUGCAGGACACUGUUAGGGAAGGACAUGGGAUUCCACCACCACCUCAAACAGCCCCACCCCCACCUCCUUCUCCAUACUACUUUGACACAGGUCCCCCUCCAUCCUUCUCACCACCUCCACCCCCAGGAAGAGCUUACGAUACCAUCAGGUCAAGCUUUAAGCCAAGCCUGGAGGCUAAACUCCACGGACUCCCACAGGUCAUUAGCGCGGCUGAGAUGUACGAUCAGGCCAGAACUUCCAUUCCUUACCCUGAACGGCAGAAGAGGGCCCGAUCCAUGAUAAUUCUGCAGGAUUCCUCUCAUCUUCCUGUGGAGCCAACAGAGAUCCCCCGGCCUGGCCCAUCUGCAACCCCUCCAGAGAAGCUGAAGAGGAAGGGGAGAGUGAUUGACAACCCUUAUGCCAACAUGGGUCAGUUCAAUGUCAGCCUGUUUGCUCCCACCAAGCCACAGAGGAAGAAGAGUCCUCUCGUGAAGCAGUUACAAGUGGAGGACGCGCAGGAGAGAGCCACUCUGUCCAUCACCGGCGGCUUUACCAGGGAGCCCUCUCCCACCCGCAGGAGCCAUCGCCUGAGCGGGGUGGAAUAUCAGCACCACGCCGGCAUCGCGCAGGUUGAAGCCACGAGCAUCCCCUUUGCCACUGCCAUCGCUGGGGUCAUGAAGGACAGAGACCGUCGCCUGGAUGAGAGGCGGAAAUCCACUGUCUUCCUCUCGGUGGGGGCCAUCGAAGGAACCCCCCCCAGCAGCGACAUGCCGUCCUUGCAGCAGUCCAGGUCUAUUGAUGAGCGAUUGUUAGGAAGCCGAGAUGUACUACUGCCUUCCCCUGUCUCAGCUUUAAAGCCAUUAAUUAGCAGCUCAUCCUCAACGUUCAUCCACCCCCUGACAGGAAAGCCCUUGGACCCGAACUCGCCACUGGCGCUUGCGCUGGCCGCAAGGGAACGGGCCCUCUCGACUCAAGUCCCGUCCCGGUCGCCCACCCCGAUCCACAGCCCUGACUCAGAGAGGGCAGCACCCCUCUUUGUGGACAUCCAAACCAAAGAACCAGAGAGGGGGGAGUUGGAGAGCUUGGUGUCCCCUGCGUACUCCCCUGGAGGCAAAGGGGCAAUCGCAACAGACUCUGGGACUUUGGCCCCUACGAAGAGCCAGUGGGGGACUCCAUCCACACUGAGAAAAGAAACUGAGCCAAGAGCAGAAACACCUGGGAAGGAGGAGAAAAAACAAGAAGACAAGAAGUCCAUGAUUAUCAGCAUAGUGGAUACAUCACAGCAGAAGACCGCUGGCCUCAUCAUGGUUCAUGCCACAAGUAAUGGCCAAGACGAGAUAGGACUUGAGAUAAAAGAGGAGAAGCCAGCUGUCCCUGAAGCAUGCACAGAGCCAGCGGAGUCCCCCAAAGCAGAGCCCCAGCCCAGUCCCGUGGGAAAGCCUCCGGUCAGUCCAGCCUCUGACAAGACGUUGGGACAAGGGAGUUCGGAGGAAGAAGUGGAGCCCUACACAGUCACCCUCCCGCCAGCUCAGCUGUCUUCAAGUGAUGAAGAGACCAGGGAGGAGCUGGCCAAGAUAGGGCUGGUGCCUCCACCAGAUGAGUUUGCGAACGGGGUACUGGUCACCACCCCUGGCACACCAGUCAGCCACCUGGCUACGCCUAGCACGCCAUCCAUACCAGCGGCAGCAGUAGCACCUUCUACCACUGGCGGAACACCCUCAGGGAAGCCCUCUGAUGCCCCCGUAGCCCCAGAGUCUGCUGCAGACUCGGGAGUGGAAGAGGUGGACACCAGAAGUUCAAGUGACCAUCACCUGGAGACCACAAGCACCAUCUCGACGGUCUCCAGCAUGUCUACAUUGUCCUCAGAAAGCGGGGAGCCUACUGACACAUACACUUCCUUUGCGGAUGGACAAACUUUUAUACUCGAGAAGCCACCAGUGCCUCCAAAGCCAAAACUCAAGUCCCAGCUCAGCAAGGGGCCAGUUACUUUCAGGGACCCACUUUUGAAGCAGUCUUCGGACAGCGAGCUCAUCUCCCAGCAACAUGCGGCCACGCUGGCAUCAGCCAGCAUUGGCCGGCCACGCUACCUCUUUCAGAGAAGGUCCAAGCUAUGGGGGGACCCCAUGGAGAGCAGGCCAAUCCAUGGGGCUGAUGAUGACAAGCCAACUGUGAUCAGUGAGCUAAGUUCCCGACUACAGCAACUGAAUAAGGAUACUCGAUCACUGGGGGAAGAACCCGCUGGGUCCACCUUAGAUCCUGGGAAGAAGUCACCUGUGGUCGCGGCACGACUUUUCAGUAGUUUAGGAGAACUCAGCACCAUUUCCCAGCGGAGCUCCGGGACCACCUACACAGUCCGACCUGGCAGUCGCUACCCUGUUACCCGACGUACCCCCAGCCCCGUGAAGCCGGCUCUGGAUCGGACAGAGCCCCUCAGCACCGUCCGGCCCUACGGCCUGACCCCUCCCACCAUCCUCAAAUCUUCCAGCCUCUCCAUCCCCCACGAGCCCAAGGAGGUGCGCUUCGUGGUGAGGAGCGUAAGCGCCCGGAGCCGCUCCCCGUCCCCAUCCCCCUCGCCAGGGCCGCCCCUGCACACCCUGCACCCACCUCGGCCCUUCAUGCAGAAACCCCUCCACCUCUGGAACAAGUACGACGUCGGGGACUGGCUGGAAAGCAUCAAUCUGGUGGAGCACCGAGACAAGUUUGAGGACCAUGAGAUCGAGGGCACGCACCUGCCUGCCCUCACCAAGGAGGACUUUGUGGAGUUGGGGGUGACCCGGGUCGGGCACCGGAUGAACAUUGAGCGGGCGCUCAAGCAGCUGGUAGACAGCUGACCGUCCCCGGCAGCGCCGGCCUCUUCCAGAGCCACCACAGGGGGGGGGACACGUUUCUACUAGACAAUAAAACCCACUUUGAUUCUCUUUCUAUUCUGAGCACUGCACUGAAGGGUGCGGAGCCCGGGGGCUCCCGCCCGCUCCCACCCCGCCCC